AUGGGACAGUUUAGCAAGAAAACACCUGAGGGACCUCCUGAUACUUCUUCCAGUAACAUGGGUUCCACUCCAAGAGAGGAGUGUCAGGCGGUUAAGUUGAGAAGUGGUAAGAUUGCAGGCCUAAAAUCUAAGGGUAGUGAAGAGCAGGUUGAAAAAGAGACCACGGAGAGGACAAAUGAAGAGUCAGAGCACACCCACUCAAGACAUCCAGACAACCCUUUUUCAGUCACUCUUGAUACACAUCCUGCUCUACUCAAGGCUCCUAAAUACAAGCUUAAAACGCCAUAUCUUCAGAGACUUCAAAAGGCAUCUAAGAACAACCGAUUUUCCAAAUUUUUGGAGGUUUUCAAGAAGCUUCAGAUCAAUGUCCCUUUUGAAGAGGCCCUUGAGCAAAUGCCUCUUUAUGCCAAAUUUAUGAAGGAGUUAAUGAGUAAGAAGAGGGAUUGGAAAGAAAGUGAGACAGUGGUACUGACUAAGGAAUACAGUGCAAUCAUCCAGAAAAAUCUCACAGAGAAGCUGCAAGAUCCCGGGAGUUUUCUAAUUCCUUGUGCCAUUAGAGAGACCAUUAUUAAGAAGGCCUUAUGUGACCUUGGAGCUAGCAUCAACCGCAUAUCUCUUCAACUUGCAUACCAUUCUAUUAAGUAUCCCCUUGGAGUUAUUGAGGAUCUACUUGUGAAAGUAUGGUCUUUUAUCUUUCCUCCUGAUUUUGUGAUAUUGGAUAUGGAAGAGGACAAAAAUACUUCUAUAAUCCUUAGAAGACCCUUUUUAACCACAGUAAGAGCUCUAAUUGAUACAAAAAAGGGCAAAUUGGUUCAGAGAGUCAAUGAAGAAAAAAUUGUCCUCAAUGUGCUAGAAGCCUCGCAACACCCUAAUGACUCUGAAGGGUGCAUGAGAGUUGAUAUAAUUGAACCUCUGAUUAUAGAGGUGUUUGAAGCUGAGAAACUCGAGGACAUUCUGAAUCCCCUUCUGAGGAUGCAUUACUUGAACUUGAUGAUUCACUACCUCUGA